CCCGCGAUGAGAGUACCAGUGUCUCUCCCGGCAGCCGCAUCCCUGAUCCAGCGAGCACAACAUCACCGCCACGACAAGAGCGGACACAGCGCUGACUCCGGGCUACCGCCGCCGACGUCUGUUCUGAAGAGAGAGAGAGAGAGAGAGGAACACCCUGUUCUACAUGGCAAUAAAAUAGAAGCUUGCCAUUUUAUUUUUUUUAUUUUUUAUUUUGGUGAACGCAACGCAGCCCCCACCACCCCCCCGCCGCCGCCCGUGAGAUCUGCCUCAAAAUGGCUGAGAUGACCAAUAUCAGACCCCAGUACGACGUGUCUCCAGUACUGGCCGGGUUCAUUGGAGCCGGGGUCCUGGUGGUGUCGGUGUCGGUGGCCGUGUUCCUGUGGACCUGCUGCCAGCGCCGGUACCGCCGGCUGACCGGAGCCCAGAAGAACGGCGACCCGCCGUACAAGUUCAUCCACAUGCUGAAGGGCAUCAGCAUCUACCCCGAGACCCUGAGCAACAGCAAGAAGAUCGUGCGCGUGGCCCGGCGCGCGGGCCGGGCCGACGUCCUGCUGCUGGACGCAGCCGAGAGCAGGCCCGCGCCCCAGCAGGACCAGAGCCCCCUGCAGCAGCAGCAGCAGCCGGUGCCGGCCCGGAUCGAGAGGGAGCUGCCCAUCCGGGCCGACUACUGCUGCCUGGACACCAGCUCGGCCAGCAGCAGCGAGAGCAACAGCAACGCCGACAGCAAGACGCCGUCGCCCUUCACCCCGGCCGAGGAGCCCGGCUUGGGCGAGCUCAGCCUGGCCGUGGACUACAACUUCCCCAAGAAGGCCCUGGUGGUCACCAUCCAGGAGGCGCGCGGGCUGCCCGGCGUGGGCGAGCAGCCGGGCAGCGCCGACCCCUACGUGAAGAUGACCAUCCUGCCGGAGAAGAAGCACCGCGUCAAGACGCGCGUCCUGCGCAAGACGCGCGAGCCCGUGUUCGACGAGACCUUCACCUUCUACGGCGUGCCCUACAGCGCCCUGCCCGAGCUGGUGCUGCACUUCCUGGUGCUCAGCUUCGACCGCUUCUCCCGCGACGACGUCAUCGGCGAGGUGCUGGUGCCGCUGGCCGGGGUGGACCCCAGCACCGGCCGGGUCCAGCUGACCCGCUCCAUCGCCAAGAGGAGCAUACAGUGUGUCAGUCGGGGGGAGUUACUGGUGUCUCUCUCCUAUCAGCCGGUCACCCACAGGCUGAGUGUGGUGGUGCUGAAGGCCAAACACCUGCCGAAGAUGGAUAUCACCGGUCUGUCUGGCAACCCCUACGUCAAGGUCAACGUCUUCUACGGCCGCAAGCGCAUCGCCAAGAAGAAGACUCACGUCAAGAAGUGCACGCUCAACCCCGUCUUCAACGAGUCCUUCAUCUACGACAUCCCGGCCGAGCUGCUGCCGGACAUCUCCCUGGAGUUCCUGGUCAUCGACUUCGACCGCACCACCAAGAACGAGGUGGUGGGCCGCGUGGUGCUGGGGGCACACAGCCCCUGCCCCUCUGGCGCCACCCACUGGCGGGAGGUCUACGACAACCCCCGGCGGCAGGUCGCCAAGUGGCACAGCCUCAGCGAGUACUAGGGGCCCCAGGGAUGGUGGGGGGGCGGGGGGGGUGGGUGAGUGGGGGAAGGGAGGUCGAGGGAGGGACAGAAAGAGGUGCGCCCUCUGGUGGCCGAAAGCAGCAACUACAACGACGAUAACCAAGAUGGCUGCCUGUUUCCUUGCCCAGAGCCUGAGGCCCUUGACUUGUACAGCGAGCAGCUGGCUAAGAGGAGAAACAGAGAUGCGAAUAGGAAUUCAACUGCAGGUCUGGGGAGCGGGAGGGAGCCCGCCAAAAUUCUGAAACCACAACAGGGUGGGAGGGAAAAACUGAAAGUUCACCGAGGAAAAGGCAAACGCGCUGGAGGGGGGCGUCUCCAACCCUGGACUGGCACACCUCGGAACCGCCGAUCGGCUGCUCUUCCCCGAGCAGGACGAGAGCGCCCCCCUGCGCCCCAGCUCGGACCCCCUCCUCGCCCCGCUCCCCUCUCGGGUUUACUGCAUGCCUGAGCAGAGCCCGAGUCACAGACUGCACAGCGAGAGGGAAGGAGGAGCACCCGGAGGACGGACGGACCCCCCAGGGCACCAGGGGGGAGGAGGGGGGUUCAGGGGGCGUGGGGGGUGAGGUGUAUAUACGGAUUGGGAACCCUGACCCAGCUUGGUUUUUUUGUAAACGUUCUGCAUCACCCCUCCCCUCCGCCCACCCCACCUAUCAGCCACUAGCUCCUUUAAAUCAGGAGGGGGGUCCCCCCUCGCGCAGGGUCGGGGUCACAGUCCAGCAGGGCCCUUGAGGGGUCUCACUCACCCAUCAACAGGACAGGAAGCUGCUCUGACAGCGGGUCAGGAAACUCCAGAUGAGGGCCGGAUCUCUUCGGUGGUUCCCCAGCUGCUGGUGAAGUAGAACUAGCACCCCCCUGUUGGACUGGGGCCCCUGGGGGACCCUAGUUAGGUUAGGGCCCCCCGAUUCAGAGGUUAGUUCUACACUAUGUGCUCUUUUUUUUAAAGAAAUAAUUUGGAGUGCUAUAUACAGUUGUCCGUUUGCAUUAUACAUUAACCAGAGAGAUUUACAGGAUAGUUAGAAAUAACAGUGCAUGUGUCCGUGAGGGAAUCUUUGACCUAUAGGUGUCCCCAGCUUGGUCUUCACACCUUUGCAAAUAUUGAGCCAUAAGUGAUGCUGCCGAGUGGAGGCAGACAGCAGUGCCGUUUCUCCAGAAACACAGACACAGGCACUGUGUCGGGGUGGGAAUAUUACUGCACUGUCACAAUGUCACAGAGCUGUUUUUGUUUAAAAUAAUAUAUAUAUAGGAAAUUAUUUGCAAAGAGAUAAUGUCCGUCUUGUUGUUCACCAAUGUUAAAGUUACUGUACGUUAAAUGUUCCUGUUGUCAUGCAAAGAAGAAUUUUGGCAGAGGAGAGUCUGUCUGCUUGAGCAGUUAAAGAGCCGGGUCACACUGUAACCCUACAGUCCAGAG